AUGUAUCGUUUAUUUGAACUGGUUUUGUUUGUGCUCUUUCAGAGUGCGAAGGAGAAACGUGAUGCUACGACUUCAACCACUUUGCCUGGAGAGCUGUUCCAGUCCAAGAGUGAGCAGGGCGGGGGUGCGGUGGGUGGCUACGUGUCAGACCGGGCCUCUGCCCCCAGCGGUCAAACGGUCAGCAUCGCCACGCAGACAGGGGAGGUGACCGUGAAGGAGUCGGGCCUGGCCGGGGGGAUGGCCGCCGGCCUCCCACUCACCCCGAGUCUGGCCAUGUACCACGGCAGUUGGCCCAUGGAGAAUGGUAGGUGGAUGUUGUCAAUUUGUCGUGGGGAAUUUUCAGGUCAGACUAUCUGAUCCUGAUUCUGAUCUUUGGCACUUCUAUGACCUUAUUGUGUUUGUUACUCUCUUGUAACACCUCUAAUCUU